AUACAAUGAGGUUUUCUUUACUUGCACUAGUUUUGUUGUCUUCUAGCUAUAAAUUCACAUAUGGAUCGGAGUGCGGAGAUUCAACAAUUCCAUAUAGUUUAGAGGUGCUUUCAUCUGGUCAACCGAUUCUCGGAUGCGCAAGACCAACUUGUUUUGGAUGGCAUUCAAAUGGCCACCAACUUCCAACCAACGCCAAAUUCUUCCGAAUCGAUCAACAAUCGGACGGCUUCCUACGUGAUGAUCCUUUGGCUAUUCAUACAUUUGAUGCGGCCGACCCGAGAGUUUACGCGCAGCAGCAAGCAAGCUGUGAACAAGAAUUCCAAUCAUUAUCAUGCAACCCAGAGGACCAAUGGGUUGGAGGAAUUGCACCAGUCAUGAAUGCAUCUACCACCAAAAUUGUUGCCUACAAGUGCUGCACCUACGCUCCAUUGCGUGCAUCGAUAGAUCGAGGCGUGGCAACUGUGUCUGGCGGACAAAUUGUUGUUGGAGGAGAGAUAUUCGCAGAUAAUAAGCCUUAUGCAUUCGACUAUAUUAGCAAUGUAGAGAAGAAGAUUGAUUCCGAAGGAGAAAUCUUUUACGAAGUUAAUAUUAAAAGAUUCUCAUGCUUGGAUCUUCAGAAAGUUGAUCGAUCAGUCCCUGAAAUCUUAAACUCUGAGAACACGAUUCGCCACGUCAACGGGCAUCGAUUUGUCGUUCACCAAGCUCCAACUGUAGAUGUGGAGACCCCAGUUGAGACUGGACAGCUUGUGGUCCCACAAGGUGUUCAGAAUGGACAAGAAGUGAUUAUUGAGGAAAUUGUCGCUCAAGAAGGAUUUGUUCAAGAAACAAACCCUCAACCACCACCACCACCAGGACAGCAAGGAGGAUUUGUUCAACCACAAGGUUUCCAGCCACAGGGGGGAUUCCAGCCACAAGGAUUUCAGCCGCAGGGAUUCCAGCCACAGGCAUUCCAACCUCAAGUGGUCCAAAAUCCAGUGCCUGCUGCACCAGCUGGAUAUGCUCCAAUGGGAUUCGCACCUUCUGGAUUACAAUUGUAUUAUUGCUUCCCUGGAGACGCUAUGGUCAAUGUUUAUAAUGGAGGAUUCAAACGUAUGGAUGAGCUCGCAGUGGGAGACUGGGUUCAGGCUCUCGACAAGAAUGGCUCUCAAGUAACAUUUAUCCCGGUUCAAUACUGGCUUCAUCGUGAUCCAAAACAAGUUGCAGAUUUUGUAGAAUUCACACUUGACAACGGAGAGACAUUCUCAUUGACCGAGAAGCAUUUGGUCUUUGUAACUCAAUGUUCUGUGCCCUAUUCUGAGGAUGAGAAUAUAAAUGCAAACCCAGUACCAGCUGAGAGAGUAAACAUUGGAGACUGUUUCUACAUUGCACACCGCAAGAAGUCCCAAAUGUAUCAACGCGUAAAAGUUCUUGACAUCAAUAUUGUGCAAAAAACUGGAAUCUACUCGCCAAUGACGUCACGUGGCCAUCUCCUGGUAGACCGUAUUCAUGCAUCUUGCCACUCCGAAACCGACAAUUACAGCCUUCAAAACACUUUCUUCACUAAUGUUCUCCGAUGGAAGUCACAAAUCCGCAACUACUUCUGGACUGUUGAGGAUAGCACAAAUGAGGAUAACAUUGGUUACGGUCUUAACGGAGUUAUGGCUGUGUUGGAUAUUGUAAUUCCAUCAAAGUUGAUGUAGAUCCUAUUAAUAAUUGUGGACAGAACCGUUGUACAAAAUCCUCUAUCAAAAAUCUCAAAUAGGUCAACCAAUUUCACACUUUUUCAUUCAUUUUUUACAAUUCAAUUGUUGCCUAAUUAAUUAAUUAAUUAAUUAUUUAUUUACUUCCAACAUCUAUGACAUUUUGUUUGUUUCAGUUACAUUGAUUCAAUAAACAUUUUGUUAGCUCAAA